AUGGCGCCCUUAACAGCCGCCUCGGACGAGAAGACACACCAAGCGCUCCUCGAUAAGCUCGACAUACACGCCGUCUCAAAACCCUUCCGCAACCCACACUGGAAGCCACCGCAGCGCCGCAACAAGAACUUGAAGCAGAUUCUUGGUGAAGCUUCGCGCAAAGAAGCUUCCGUGAUGGCUACACAGAACAACAGCGGUAUCUCCACACCCGUGGUGCCACCCUCAGAAGGCAUGACGGGCAACGUCACACCGGCCGGCAACGUGGGCCGGCCGCCAAACAUUGCGCAAGCAGCCCAAAGUCUGAGCACGUUGGUCCUGGAGAAGAACGGCAGAGCAGCGGCGGCGGCAGCAGGGAAUGGAUCGGGACCCGCGCCUACGUACACGAACAUCGAAUCGGCACCGAGCUUCCACCCGAGCAGCCAGAAGAAGUACUGCGAUAUCACCGGUCUACCUGCGCCGUAUACAGAUCCGAAGACAAGGUUGAGAUAUCACAACAAGGAGGUGUUUGGGAGCAUCAGGACGAUGCCGCAGAAUGUGUACGAGGGCUACCUGGCGGCAAGAGGGGCGCAUACCAUCCUGAAGUGA